AUGUUUAAUACGUCCAUAUUUGACAACGGCUCAGGUACCCUGGAAAAUCCCGAUACGUUCCUCAAUGUGCCACAACCCAUCGAUAUCACUUAUCAGCGACAGCCGCUGAUAUUUAACAACCAGAGGUUUCGCAGAGAGUCUAUAGCACACUCGCAAGGUAUGGGUGGUGUGCUGUGGGGUUCUGUCACUAUCGGCUCGUGGCUUAAGGACGAGGUAAUGAUGUAUGGUGCUCAGAAUCACCACAACCAAUCACAGAACCACCAGCACAACCUCAUAAACCCUAGACGUGGCCUGUUCCGCCUCCAGGGCGCCAACAACCUGUCGGUGCAGCCGAACCAGAACAUGGUGCUGAUGUCGCCGCCAAACACAACAAGUUACCUUCCUAACUUGGAGGCCGACUAUUGUAAGGACUACCUGUGUUGUGGUCAACUUCUUCCAACGUUGCAUGACUUGCUAAGGCAUUAUGAAGAGGCCCACAUUACCCUGCUGCCCCCUCAUGAACCUAACACUCAUAUGCUCAACGCUCACCGUAACCGGAAUAACUUGAACAAUGUCCACAACGUCAUGGAAACCGUGCUGACCAACGAUGUGUUCCUCAAUAAUCAUCAUCACACCCAGGCCGCUCAACAGGGCAACUUGCACCUCCCGGCGUCCCAUUUUAACAUCCAGCUGCAGACCAUCAACCUGGGUGCGUUGGCCCAGACCAUCCUGCCCCAGCUGGCAAUCAACCAGCCAGAACAUCAUACUAUGCACCCAGUGCAAGUGCAGCCUGAGGGCGUAGCCCCCCAAAUGGCCAACCCCCAGCAAGCUGGCAGUGCGAGAAGGGGAAACUCCGACCGCAACAUGGACGAUGGCGACAGCAUGUACAUUGACGAUCCAGCCCGUCACUUAUACGUAAUGGAGAACGAGGAGUACAAGCCGUUCAAGUGUCCAGUUAUUGGAUGUGAAAAGACCUACAAGAAUCAGAACGGUUUGAAGUACCACCGUUUGCACGGACACCAGAACCAGACACUCAAAGAGAAUGAUGACGGCACUUUCUCUAUCAUCGACCCCGAAUCGAACACGCCGUACCUUGACGGCGCUGGCAUGGAGAAGGACAAGCCUUACCGGUGUGAAGUAUGCGGAAAGCGUUACAAGAAUUUGAAUGGGUUGAAGUAUCACCGUGGCCACACCACUCACUAG